AUGAAAGCUGCCACAUCAUCGACUCAGUCUCGGGGUAAGAGGUCGCCGGAUGCUCUUCGGGAGCCCAGGCCCCGAAAGAGAGAGAAAUAUGCAAAGAUGGCCUGCUCCCUAUGCAAGGUUCGCAAGGUCAAAUGUAGUGGCAACCAGCCGUGCAGCCGUUGUGAGGAGCUCCAUAGCCAAUGCACCUACAACGAGCCGUUCCAGCCUGAAGCUGCCGACUUCGAUUCACAGCCAGCCAUUCGAGACCCCGAAGUCGCGGUUCAGCGAAUGAACAGAAUCUGUCACCAAAUGCAACAAUCCAUUGGCCGCUUUGGUCUCGCUCCUUCACACAGAUCCUCUUGUCUGCAACGAAGACAAGAGAACGACGAAUUACCUCAGCCAAAUAAACCUCUCACCCCUACGGAUCCUGGACACACCCUAAGCCUCACGCAGGAUGCUAUGAGAGAAAGGGGCCUACUAUCUCCUCCACACUCGGAAGAUGGCCCACAUCCAGUCAAUCAAGACGAGUUAAAAUUCCCUGAUGCUUUGAUCAACACACUACAAGCUGCACGCCCUUUACUGGAACUCGGUCACGCCAAGGUCACUCGGUUAUUCACCAUAUUUCGAGAUGAGGUGUACCCUUUCUAUCCUUGCGUCAGCUUAGACCUGGGUCGUAACGCUAUAAACGCUGUAUUUUCACUGUUCAAGAAUACUUCCCACGUUGUUAUCAUCAACGUCGAUAUGAUCGACGUGGAGAUCACAAAGGCUGUUGUGGCAAUCGCCCUGCUGCUCAGAGACGACACAGGAAGCUCUUUAACCUCUGACCUCGAGGGUCAGCUAAUUUGGAGCAUAGAGUCUUGUUUCGACCAAGAGAAGCCUCAGAUUGAGGAUAUUGUGAUUGCAAUAUUGCUAGAACCGCAAGAGUCCUAUAUAUCAACCAUGAUCUCCCUGGACAGGAAUCUUUCCGAGACAUGGACUGUCGUCAACGCCCCAUCACCUCAAACCAAAAACAGCGAGGAACGGGCCGAGUUUCUGAACUUCCAACUCCAAAAGCUCCUCGACAAAAUACCAACAGGAGACUUCGAGAACCUAGAUCCAACAGUAGCCCCACCACCCUGGCUACAAGCCGGACUAAAACAGUUCAGCCAUCUCCGCGUGCACCACAUCGGGAUCCUCACCCAAAUAAGCGCGAGCGGCUCAAUAAGAGAUCUCAUGUCAAACCCAAUCUCAACAAAUACUCUCGUCACCGCUGCCGCAAAAUCAGUCGACCUGCACUUAGAAAUGAUCAACACGGGCGAAAAAAGUCCACUCGUGUUACCCACGAUGAUCAAAUUGCUCCUCACAUCUCUGUCCAUCAUGAUGUUUGCCGUCUCGCAUCGUCCCGAGGAGUACGGAUCAAUAUGUAGCAAGCCCUUCCAAACAGCCAUCCAAAUCCUCAGCGACGUGAAAAGCUAUGUCAAAGACCCGGAUCUGAAUGUUUGGGGUACUUUACAUAUCUUGGAAAAGGUCGUUGAAGCGAGUCAGAGAUCACGGUCCCAGAGUUCGGCGCCUUUGAUUAGUCGCAAGGAAGACGUGGGCAACGACAUUGAUCGGGGCGAGCACUUUGAAGUGAACAUGUUUGAGGAGCUACCUACGCCAGACUCGGAGUUCUUUUCUAUGUUGGGAAGUAUGGUGGCGACGGAUAUUUUGCAUAUGGAUAAUGUCUUUGGCUAG